GCAUCACGCUUACUGAUUCGGAAAGGGCGGGGCAUUAUCCGGAAGUGUGCCGGAAGCACGUGGUGGAAGGGAAACAUGAGCCCGGAAGGAAAAAGGAGAAAGGUCGCUGAGGAUGAGCAGGACGCUCCAGUCUCCGUAUUUUUGGACUGGUGUAAGAAAGCCGGUAUCCAACUGAAUUCAAAGGUGUACAUCAGCGCGCAGAACACGGUGUCGCAGUACGGGAUGCUGACACGCCAUGACCUUCCUGUGGGAGAAGAAGUAUUCUCCAUUCCCCGAUCCGCUCUCCUGUUCCAGCAUACAACCAGGAUUCAGGAUCUGCUGGAGAAAGAACAGCAGAGCCUGGAAAGUAGAUCCGGCUGGGUCCCCCUCCUCCUGUCUCUCCUGUAUGAAGCCGCAGACCCCACUUCCCUGUGGUCACCAUACUUUGGGCUGUGGCCGCAGUUGAUUCCUCCGGACCUCCCCAUGUUCUGGUCCUCUGAGGAGCGGUCGCGGCUUCUCCAGGGCACCGGGGUGGCUGAGGCGGUGACACAAGACCUGGAGAAUAUAGAGCAAGAAUAUAACACGAUAGUUCUUCCGUUCAUUGAGAGACACCCGGACGUCUUCUGUCCUAAGACGCACACUUUGGAGCUGUACAAGAGGCUGGUGGCGUUUGUGAUGGCGUACAGCUUUCAGGAGCCUUUGGAUGAUGAAGAGGAGGAUUCUGGGAAGGAGGUCCUGCCACCAAUGAUGGUUCCAGUGGCCGACCUGCUGAAUCAUGUGGCCCACCACAAUACACACUUAGAGUUCACACCCGAGUGUCUGCGAAUGAUCACCACGCAGCCCGUUGCGGCCGGGGGCGAGCUCUUCAACACCUAUGGACAGAUGGGAAACUGGCAGCUCCUACACAUGUACGGCUUCUCUGAGCCCCAUCCGCAGAACACCAACGAGACGGCGGACAUCCAGAUGGUGACCUUGCGAGACGCUGCCCUGCAAGGCGCGGCAUCGGAGGAGGAGAGGGAUCAGGUGCAUCAGCGAUGGGACCUCCUCUGUCACAUGGAGAUGGUGGGGGAGGAAGGGGCGUUUGUUUUUGGCUGUGAUGAGGUGUUGACAGAAGAAGAGCUUAGGACAUCUCUAAAGGUCAUGUGCAUGGCCGCGGAUGAGUUUGCAGAGUACAAGGAAAAUGAUGGCUGGGAGGAGGAUGAUGAAGAGGAGGAACAAACGCUGACUAAUCAGGAGAUUUUGCAGUUCCCGCUGUCUUGGCGCAGACUCCUUCAUGCCGCCGCAAAGCUCACACUCAGCACAUAUGCCACAGAUCUCCACAGUGAUCAGGUUAUUAUAGACGAUGCCGCAGCGUACGCCAAGCUGAGCCCCAGGGAGCAGUAUUCCCUUCAGGUGCGAUAUGGACAGAAAAGGAUAUUACACCAGCUGCUGGAACUGACACGCGGCUGACGGAACACUCAUCCUAUAGCCUGAUGUUUCCCACUGUGCUUCAGGCUGUUCCCUGUUGUACCAAUUCAGAGAUGUAUUUGAUAAAGUCCCACUGUGGGGUAUAUUUACUAAAAA